AUGGAAUUUAAAGUACUUAUUAAAACUUUCCCCUUUAACGCCAUUCGAUUUACUGGUAAAUUAUGUCAAUUAACCCUGAGAUCACUCUAUUUGUUUAUAAAAUUGCUGUUUAAAUCAACUACAAAUUUGUAUGUUGAUGUUUUGGAUAAUAUAAAUAAGCCAAGUGAAUGUAUAUUAAUAGUUGGUCCCAGAAAUUCUGGUAAAAGUUCAUUACUAUAUCGCAUUAAGCUUUCCGAGUUUAUUUCAACGACGCCUACUGGAUCCAGUGUUGAAGAGCAAUUUUACCUGUGCAGAUUUUGCCUGGUUCCGCCAUCAAAUUGUAUACACAGUGAUCUGAAGGACUAUGAUAAGAUUAAAGUUAAAAUUUACGAACUCGGAUUCAAUGAUUCAAUUCACACUUAUCAGCACCAAAUUCAGAUCUGUAAUAAAGUAAUUUAUGUCAUUGACUCCUUUGGCAACCAUAAGCUCUCGGAGAUCAACAAGGACAUAAUAACGCUGAUAUCUGAGCAUAACUAUCAUCACAGAAUGCCUAAGUAUGUCUUUUUCAUUACGAAAAAUGAUAUGUUCGGAGGCAUAGACCACACAGCUUUGCAAAAAUCGAUAGAGAUACCUCAGGAGUUAAAGGACAAGUACAUGUUCGUCUUGGGGAGCUCAGUGACUGGGCAGGGUAUCUUUGAAUCCAUUGCGUUCCUGUUGCUGGACAGAAGGCCAUCGCAGAAUGAAAACUCAGAUUUGAUAGUGCUGUGA